CUAGAUUAGGUUAGCGUCUUUGAUACUGACUCUUGGCGGAAAUGGUCUCUAGAUCAGGUUAGCGUCUGUCAUACUGGUUCUUGGCGGAUAUCGGAUCUAUUUUGGGUUAGUGUUGAGGUAACCUGUAGGUAACUUAUCUAACCCACUGCAUAAUCCACAAUCCAUGAUGAAUGGGGAAAUGCUCCGGCCCUCCGAGGUCCGAGGUCGGCCCCCGAGCUAAGUUAGAUCAUCAUGUUAGACAUUAUCCAAACGGAUUUUCAUCCGGCAUUCAUCCAAGCUCUGCGAACUGUCUUCAACUCGGUGAAGGUGUACCACUCAGUUUCCGGAUGAGAAAAAUGUGAUGAGGAGAAUGAAACCUCGAAGCACAUCGGUUUGUCAAAAUUGCCGGGAUCGUAAGAUCGGGUGUGACGGGAAAGUCCCAGCUUGCACGCAGUGCCGCCAGUUCCGGCAAGCAUGCCCGGGUUAUCCGCGAAAGAUCAUAUUCGUGCACCAAGCCCCGGGCGACCCUAGCCGCAACAGUAACAACCCCUCGCCACCAAAGCGUCCACAGAAUCAAAGCCUGGCACGAGGGCGGACUAACAAUGAGACGGGGAACCUAAUGCUGAAUUUCACGAGUUUCAGAUUGUCAACAGCGGAGGAGCUACUGGCAGUAGCCAUUGACCAUUUCAUUCCUGGGUCCAAGUUGCCGAUAUGUAUCUCGGAGCUAUAUUCGUCACAAUCACUGGUCUGCGCUUCCUGGUUAGGCGUGCUCCCCAGUUUGAUCGACGAAGAACGACCCGGAUCUCUUAUUAUACAGGCUAUUAGAACUCUGGGGCUUUCUAUUAUCUGCAGAUGCCAGAGAGGGGAGACCAAAUGUCUCCACAAUCACCAGCGUCUCCAAUCCUACUGCUCUGCUAUCUACCAACUCCGAAGCCAACUGCUACUGCACAAUGAGGACGUUCACAAGCAGACUGUCGCAGCUAUCAUGUCGUUGACGCUUGCAGAGGUACGCUGACACUCAAUGCGAAGUUGGCUGGUUACUUUAAAGGAGCUAACCAC